UAUAAAAUAUGAUGGUCGCCGGAUUACGUACGCGUGGUCCUUGCAUUACCACCAACACAUUUUCCUAAAAAUGGCCGACAAGAAAGCAGUAAAGAAAAGGAAGAAGGGAUCAAAUGAGGAAGAGAAGCCUAGUAAAGAUGAAACAGCUGUUGCAAAGCACAUGCGUUUUAAUAUGCCGACCAAAAAAGCUACAAUGUAUGGUGAUGAAGUCUUCUACUUCAUGGGUUCAAAAGCAGUUGACUUUUUAAUGGACUCCAAAUGGGCCAGUGGAGCAAAGAGUACUGUUUCUUUCACACAUAGAGACUCCAUAGCAUCCUUUCUAACCAGGCUUUUAAAUUAUGGCAUGUUCAGUCGAGUGCAUUUAGUAAAAACAGAAAAAAAGGUUAAAGAUAAAAAGAAGGAUGGGGAUAAGAAAAAAGACGAGAAGAAAAAUGAGACAAAAGAAGACAAGAAAUCAGAUGUGAAAGACAUGAAGGAGGAAAAGAAAACUCCUGGCAGUCCGAAAGUCAAGCGCGAUAAGGAUGGAAAAGAAGUGAAAAAAGUAAAAAAGAAGGUGAAGAUUACGUUAGAACCCCAUGAGCAGCAAGUAUUUUUUGACAGUGAUGAUGAGGCAUAUGUAUGGAUAUAUGAUCCUGUUAGUUGGAAGACAUUUAUAUUGGGAGUUUUGCUUGUUCUUCUUAUUAUUGGUAUAUGUUUGUUUCCUCUCUGGCCUGAAAGUGUGCGUGAAUAUAGUUGGUACAUUAGUGUUGCUGGAGCCAUCUUUGUUGGUACCAUCCUUGUGCUGGCAGUCUUACGAUAUAUAAUAUAUGGCUUCUUGUGGAUAGUGACAGUUGGUAAAUUGCAUUUCUGGCUACUCCCCAAUUUGACUGCAGAAUGUGGAUUUCUGGAAUCUUUUGUUCCUGUAUAUGAAUAUGAAAUUAAGAAGGGAGACGAUAAAAAUAAAAGCGAAAAAGAGGAGAAAGAAGAAAAAGAAAAAGUUGUCGAAAAGGAAAAAGAAGAGCCAGAGUCUGAUAAAACGAAAGAUGUGAAUAAAGAAGAAAGUUUGCCGGAAAAAAAUAAAAAUGACAGUGAGGAUAGCUCAGCAAGUCAAAAAGAUGACGAGUGGGUGAAAGUGAAAAAGGGGGACCUUGAUGAUGAAGUUGAGCAAAAACAGGAAGUUGAAUGCUAAUCUUCUGUUUUACUGUUAUUUUCAAACAACUUGAAUUAUUUAUUACCCGGAAUCUUUAAUUUUCUUCUUUUGUGAUAUUGUAACAAUUCCAACAAUGUAAAAUUCUAUUUUUUCUACUCUCAUUUACAUUGUUUCCCAUAAAAUGUUUUAAAAUGAACCUUUUUUUGUUGCUGUUACGAAUUUAUAUUAUGAAGAUAUUUACAAAAGAUUUUAAAUAGAGAAUAAUGUAUACAGAUGUUAUUUUUCACACAGUGUCGCACUAUUUUGUAAUGCAAUUUUCAGUCCCGCUUAUUUUGUUGCAAUUUUUUAUGCAUAGUUUUUUCUGCUUGUGUUUUCAUAAUCACUCCUGGCUUAAAAAAUGUAUUGAGAAUACAAACAUCCCUGUAUUUUCCAUCAAAGAGAGCUUUUAUAUCGUUUGGCCUAAGGUUCUUUUUGGUUCAUUUGUUUCCAUGACAGCAAGAUGUACCAUUUUGUUUAGUUGUAGACGAAAUAUCUUAAUUUUAAUCAAACCAAAAUUAGUUAUCUGUGACAGGUGUUAUGAUAUUGAUUUGAAAACAUGUAUGUUUUUUUCUUGAUUGAUAUUUAUGAUCACA